UGAAGGUGUUUCUCAGGCUUAUUCACAGGUCGCUCCUCUGUCUUGGACUGUUAAAAAGACUUGAAGCCACUUUUCUGCAACUCUAGGACAUUUUGUAAGGAUUGUUUUUCUGUUAUUCUACCACCAUCACAGCACUACCAGUGUUUUACUGAACCUGGACUAUACAAACAUCAACAUAUUAUACACGAAGAGUGACUGCGACAGAGUGAGCUGAAGGAUCAUCGUCGUCUCCAAAGAAGAGGGAAAGGAUCAAUUUGACAGAUCUCAUGACAAGUUUCAGAAACGGAGGAUUAUUCAACCCUGCCUACCAUGACAGCGAGACUCUGGAAAUUGAUAGAAGUAAAACACACCACACUAACCCCUAUGCCAGGGGUGAGAGGCCAGACGGACAAUACUCGACCGGUCAGAUCAGCGGUGAUGAAGCUGUGGGGAGAAUGCCGUUGGGGGGCUGGCAUGAGGAGAACUUGAGGGGGAGUGAAAGCAUCCCCAUGGAGCGCAUCUCAAUGCGCCUAGGAAGUCCGUCAUGGCAGCAUGACCUCAGUCACAGUACGUUCCAAAUCCCACCUGACUCUCAGUAUGACCGAUCACCUUCCGUGCGCCUUUCUUCUGCAACGUCAGGUAACAUGACGAUGAGAUGGAGAGGAAUUACAAUGAGACGGAUGAGUUUGUUUCCUAGCGGGGAUCCUGCCCACGUAGCCCUCACAGAGGAUGCCAUCAGGAACGAAAUGGAGAAUGAGGAACAGGACCUGGUCAAGGAGCUCGUUGCCCUGUCAACACGAGACCAAAUUCGGGCCAUUCGGGAUCUUCCAAUGAGCUUUGACGAGAAGAAACACAUCAGGAGCCAAGUGCUGGCGUUCAAGUCUUCCAAGAAAUCUCGCCAGUUCACAUGUUUUGCAGACUGCUCUGAGAAUGUGUCACUGUCUUUCCGCAGGUUUGGCUACAGUAUCACUUCAGCCCGGCAGACCCUGGAGCUGUGGCAAGGCAUCAUGAAAGAGAUCGGUGGCAAGUUCGGCACCAGUGUCCUCACCUAUUUCGUGUUCCUCAAGUGGCUGCUCAUGUUCAACAUUUUCUCCUUCCUGGUCAACUUUGGCUUCAUCACCAUCCCGCUGCUUGUUUACGACCCCUCCCCCAAUAUACCUGCCAAUGUGAGCUUCAGCGGACUGGAAAUACUAACUGGAGCUGGUUACUUCCACUACACCGUCAUGUACUACGGCGGCUACAGCAAUGAAACCCUGCAUGGCCUGGUGGAGUACAACAUGCAGUUGGCCUAUUUCUUCACCAUUGCAGUCUACAUGGUUCUGUGCGGAAUUGCACUUAUCUACAGCAUGGCCAGCUCAUUCAAGGAAAACUACGUUCUAGCAGACUCAACUUCAAACAGUGCAUGGCAGCUUCUCUGCAGCUGGGACUUCAGUAUUACCAAUGAGAGAGCAGUGAGACAGCGCAAGAACAAUCUACGUGUCCAACUCAAGGAGUCUUUGUCAGAGAAGGCCCAGAGAGAGCUUCUAACCCUCUCUGAAAAGCUGAAGCACUUCGGGGUUCAUCUGGGUUCCUGGUUCCUCUCCACCGGGUUGGCUGUCGGCUGUGGAGUUAGCAUCUAUUAUCUCUGCCAAUACGAACAGCAGGUGGCAACAGAUGCUGCCAACUGGUCUCUGCUUCAGGAGGCAGAGACUCUCCUGGUUCCCUUUGUGGUGUCUCUGAUGAACCUGGUCGUCCCGCUCUUCUACUCCCUCUUCAACAAGUUUGAGCACUACUCCAGUCAGCGCAGACAGAUCUACGCUCUGGUAGUCAGAAAUGUGUUCCUCAAGAUGUCCAUUCUGGCUGUCCUGUGUUAUUACUGGAUGAAUGUGGUGGCUCAGAAGUUUUCAUGUUGGGAGUCCAUGGUGGGACAGGCUUUGUACCGUCUGGUCAUUUUUGAUUUCCUUUUUCUGAUGUUGGGAUCCUUCUUUGGAGAGUUUCUUAGCAAUGUGAUUGGGACGAGAUUACUACCUCGUUUGGGGGUUCCAGAGUUUGACGUAGCCAGAAAUGUCCUCGAACUGAUCUACGCACAGACUCUGGCCUGGAUUGGAAUCUACUUCUCUCCUCUGCUGCCCGCCAUCCAGAUUCUCAAAUUUUUCAUUUUGUUUUACUUGAAGAAGGUCAGCCUGAUCCAGAACUGCCAGCCUCCGCGGCGGUCGAGCAGAGCAGCUCAGAUGCAAACCAUCUUCAUCGCCCUCCUCUUCUUCCCUUUCUUUGUGGGAGCCCUGUCCAUGGUCGCAUACACCUCCUGGAGUCUGACUCCAUCGGAGCAGUGCGGCCCUUUUCAGGGACUCAACAACACCUUCAGUGUGGUUGGAUUGUGGAUGGAUGGACUGGAGGAUAUCUCUGGUUCUCAAUGGGCUGUCUGGAUCUACCAAAAUGUCAUCAGGAGUGAAAUCUUCUACUUUUUUAUCUCACUCAUCAUCAUUGUCAUUAUAUAUAUCUUCUGGCAAGUCACUCAGGGCCGUAAGCAGCUUAUUGGUCUCCUGAGACAACGGAUUAUAAAUGAAGGGAAAGACAAGUCCUUCUUGUUAGAAAGGCUCCAGAACCUCCAAAAAUCUCAGCCUGAUAAAAAAUACAAACAGAGGAAUCAAAAAAAGCACUCCAAGCGGCGUCCAGAUGACCACUCCUCCACCGGUCAGUCCAACUCAAACGCCAUGGUUCAGGCGUUGCUCGCCCGCCAGCAGCUUGAACAGGACGAAGAGAGACGCAGCACUGGUGGAGUGCCCGUUCCCUCCGACAUCUCCACCUCUAACGCUCUGAUCCAGGCCAUGUUGGCCCGUCAGAGAGCUGAAGACCAGGAUGAAGAUAAACACUCGCAGUCCUCCAGCGCCUUAGCACAGGCCAUGAAAGCCAGGGAGAGGGCCGAUGGUCAAGAGAGGGAUGAAUACUACAGCACAGGUUUUUCUGAAGGCCCUAUCGACACAUCCAGCGCCGUCAAACAGGCGAUGCAAGCCAGACAAAGGGCAGAGGAGGACAGAGGGGAUGACGCAAAUGACCUGCCAUCCUCUGUGUCGAGUGUCAUGAUGCAAGUCAUGCAAGCCGGACAGAGAGCAGAGGAAGAGGACCGGCCUCAGUGGGUCCCGGCUCCCCCACAGAACUCAGCUCCAGCAGGCUCCAGCGCUCUCAUACAGGCCAUGUUGGCCCGGCAACAGGCCCAGAACGAGUACGAUGACGGUUACUGACAAAAGCCGUAUGACUUUGUCUAAAUGUGGGGAGAGGAACAUGACUGGAAAAACAACAAAUGACUGAAAUCACACAUGUUAGUUUAGGAUUUUGAGUGGUCACCCACAGAUGAAAUAGGAUCAGUAAUAAGUCCAUAAAUGGGGUGAUUUCUCAGGAAUUGCAUUAUUCAAUCUUACUGUAAAUCCAGAAGAACAAAGUGCUAAGAUUGCUUCUGUAGCAAGGCUAGAAGAGAGUGCAGGUCCACCUCUUUAUGCCCUAUUUUAUACUAUAAUAUAUUUUAAUAUGUUUCUAUGGCAGUAUACAAGCCUUGUAAGAUAAAUAGGUACUAUAACAUAUAUAAACUAGGCCUGAUCUUGUGCCUAAUGUAAUUUCUGUAUCAUUAACACCAGUUGUUAAUACCAUUAUAUUAUCUGUGAAAUGUACAACACCAGAAUACUUAAUAAAAGA